AUGGAUACGUCAACGAUUCACGCCACGGAGCUGAACAAGGCGACGUAAAGAAUUGUAGAAAGAAACAAAGGCAGGAAAAGCCAAGCUUGCUUCGACAGAUAAGAACGUUUUCCAGUAGAAAUCAACCCGAGAGAGGAAAUUUAAACAACAUUUAAAAAUCAAGAAGACGGUAGAUUUAAUAGUCCGUGGUCCUAACAGAGAGGUGUAAUUCGGCCGCGGACGAAGAAGACAGGGAAGAAAAAAAACAAGCGCGAGAGAGCUUCGUAUCUUUUUCAAGCGGCCUCCAUUUUGUCUCCUCGCCCAGGCUGCGCCUCACGUGUCCCGGACUUGUCUCUCUCACAUGACCCUCGUGUUUGUCCCCGUGAUCAGCGCCGCCGUCUCCGCGUUUCAAGUGUUGCCGAAUAUCGCGUUUAAAAAAAAAGAGAGAGAAUCGCUCACCUUCAUGGAUAUGCUCGAACAGAGCCUGGAAGCUCAGACGAGUCACGAGAAACAGGAAACUGAGGAGGUUGUUCAGUUGCAGGAAGGAGAGGGAGUGGGGGCAGAGGAACCAGCGGCGGUUACCAUAGCAAGCGCCCAGCAGGCCGCAGUAUUUGCUGACAAUGUCCAGUACCAGUUCCGCACAGAAAACAGCAGUGGGCAGGUGACAUAUCGUGUCGUCCAGGUAACAGAAGACCAGUUGGAAUCAGCUGGAGAUGGAGGAGCUGCGGUCAGUGUCGUGUCCACUGCCGCCUUUGCUGGAGCCCAGCAGGCAGUUGCACAGGCUGUCAUCCAGAACCCUUUCAGUAAUGGAGGCAGUCCGGCAGGUGAGACAGUUGGGAGUGAGACACGUUUCGCUUACUUCCCGGCUGUCAGCGAUGGUACGGCAACCGCGGUUUCAGUGCAGGCAGCCACAGAUGCGACUCUUGCACCAGCAGCAGGUCAGUUUUACGUGAUGAUGAGUCCUCCAGAUGUGUUACAGGCAGGCACGCCACGGACCAUUGCCCCUCGCACACACACUUAUUCCACGAAGAUGGAUGGCCCGAGAGCACCACGAGACGAGAGGAGGAGAGCGCAGCACAAUGAAGUGGAAAGAAGAAGAAGAGACAAAAUCAACAACUGGAUAGUCACACUGUCAAAAAUCAUCCCAGACUGCAACAUGGACAACACCAAAACUGGCGCAAGCAAAGGAGGGAUCCUGUCUAAAGCAUGUGAUUACAUUAGAGAGCUCAGGCAGAGCAACCAGAGGCUGCAAGAGAGUUUCAAAGAGGUGGAGAGAAUACAGGUGGAUAAUGAGCUCUUAAGACAACAGAUUGAAGACCUGAAGAAUGACAAUGCACUGCUCAGAGCCCAACUCCAACAGCAUGGCCUUGAAAUCAGUGGAGAAACCAUUUCGCAAUGACGGACAGUCACACGCACGGAAUACACACACCUCCACAAAACCACCUCACAGACUUGAGAUGUUUGUUAACCUGAUAGAAUAAUAAUGGCUAUCUGAUAUUAACAGAAGUGAUCAGAGAAACUUUUGAACAAUAGUUAAAAAGCACAUCUACUGUUCCACCUGUGAGAGCUUGACCUACACGGACGCAGCAACAAACUGAAACGCAUCCCAAUAUGUGACGUAAACGGGCUUGCAUUGGACUAACUUGUCAUUUUAAUUUUUUUUUAUUUUUUAUUUUUUUUUGAGUUUUUGAAUUGUGAUGAAUUUAAAUUCUCAACAAUGCUUCAUGAUCAUAUUGUUUAAAGCUGGGUUGGUUUUCCUGUUUUGUUUUGUUAUGUUUUUCCCUCCCCAAUGGAAUUUCUUCUGUAAUUAUUACUACUGUCUCCAUUAUGUUAUGUUUUGCAUUAUUUAUUAGCUCACAGAGAAGAACACAACAGGGAUGUGAAACCUUUGUUUUGAAGCUUGAAUACCAUGAAGCCAGUUGUCUUUCACAUUUAAAAUGCUUUGCCAUUAAUUUAGAGCAAAUUUUCUUUGGUCCUGGGUCCAGGUAAGGCCUAGUUCUUUAAGCAAUUUCUAAGAUUAUGUUCAUCAGAUAUAUCAAAGUUGUGGCUGGGGUAUAGAUGUAUUUGGCAGAUAUAAUUGUAGUAUUGGGUUACAAUUUAAACAAAUGAUGUAUAAACAGCUCAGGGUUGACGAAGGAAUUACUAUGGCACAGGAUCGAUAUACAGCAACUGGCUGUGCCAUACUCUGAAUCCAUUUGGCCUAUAUGUCCACACUAAAAUAUAUUAAAACAUCACAGCCAAUGUGGCUUGAGCAGAUUUGAGAAUUCAGACCCCCAGGAUAAAUGUACUGAACAGAACAUAACUGAUGGUCGCAAGUAGGAGGAAAUGCUAACCUACUUAGAAACGCUUCCCAAUAACCACUUGUACCUGCCUUAAAAUUUCCAAAUUGCUUUGCUGUGGUAACAUAGAAAUGAAUAAAUUUAGUGUAAAGUGUAGUUUAUAUUGCGAUGUAACUAAUUCAUCGUUUUUAUUUUGUGGAAAUUUUCAAAACUCCAAGCAGUCUGGAUGUUUUUGUUUGUUUGUUUUGUUUUGUUUUUUUAUUGGGUGUUCAGCACUCUGUUCUGUAUUUGUCCCAAGUAUCUAUUGACUUACAUGCCCCAUUACGUCACAUAAGGUAAUGCACUGCUAGGACUUAACCUUUACUCUUUUCAGGUGUAAAAUCUGAAGAUGUUCUGCUGAUGCACUUCCUGUUUUUUUGUUUGUUUGUUUGUUUGUUUUGUUUUGUUUUGUUUUAUCUGUUUUAUUUGUUUUAUGUAUGCCCAGAGAUUGUCGCUGCUUCUAUGUGUUUUUUUUUCUUUUUCUUUUUUUCUUUUUUUUUUUUUUACCUGCCCCCACAAUUUUUCAAAGAGCAUUUUUUGUUUACAGACAGCAAAUAAAGAGAAUAUUCUCAUCGGA